AUGGCCGAGCUCCUCACGGGCAAGCUCAUGUUCGACGAGGAGACGGAGGACGGCAUAGUCGCCAGGGUGACGGAACUGGGGCACGCGCUCGCCGAGAGGAGGCUGCAGGCGUUCGACGACUGGCCGACGUUCCAGGGCCUGCCGCAUCUGUCGCGGGGCGCGCGCGAGGUCCUCGCCUGCCUGCUUGCCGUCCAGCCACGGGACAGGCUCACCGCCGCGGCCGCGCUCCAGCAUCCGUGGUUCGCCGAGGAAGAAGAAGAGAAGGAGAAGGAGCAUCCUGUGGCCACCUGCCGCAGCGCAGGCAGAGCAGCUCGGAGUAGCAAUGCUAGUGUAGUGACCGUCGUGGUUUGA